UCCGCCAACAGCCAUGGCAGCGUGACAAAAUAAGGACAGCCCGAGUUCACCGGAAUGCAUCGGUAGGAGCGCAAAGUGAAGGCCGAGGAGCAGAUCCCCCCCCUCAUCCCCCCCCCCUCCGAGUGUCUCCAGGAAGGGGUUCGUUUCGUUUCGGGUUUUUUUUAUUUUAUUCCUUGCCUCCUCUCGAUCCGGCGUGCACGACGCGUGUUGGCGUCGGGCUUUGCGGGCUCUUUUCCCCCUGCCAGAAGUCGGCGGUCGCGGCGGCGAGGCGGCCGCCUGAGAGGAUAAAGGGUGACUCAGUAUGAGUCGAGAUGGAUGGGCAAAGAAGAGAGCCAAUGCCGGCGAUGACAAUGGUUGGGCUGAGAGGGGCGGUUACAUGGCGGCGAAGGUCUCGAAGCUGGAUGAGCAGUUUAGACUCGAUGCCCCCAGAGAGAAGCAGAAAGAAGGGGCUUGCUCCAACAUCUUCGCUGGUGUUGCCAUCUAUGUCAAUGGAUACACAGAGCCAAGUGCUGAUGAGCUGCGCAGACUGAUGAUGCUGCAUGGAGGCCAGUUUCAUGUCUACUACUCUCGCUCCAAAACCACCCACAUCAUCGCCAAUAACUUGCCCAACAGCAAAAUUAAAGAUCUUAAAGGGGAGAAGGUGGUCCGGCCACACUGGAUCAUUGACAGCAUCAAGGCUGGCUGUCUCCUCUCCUACCUGCCAUACCAGCUCUAUGCUAAACAGAAAGGCCUAAGCUUCUCCAGCGUGGGUCAGUGCCAGGCACAGGAGACGGCGGGUCCUAGCCACGGGCAACAUAGCCUCCGACAAAUCCUUGGUCUGCCCCCAGGCAGCCUCCAGGACCCUGUCCACAGCCAUGAGCAGUCCUUAUCUAGUUGCCAUUAUAAGUCCACCUCCAGCCCCAGCCACACCAAACUACAUCCCAGCAACUUCCAACCUCAGACUAUCCAACACGACCCCAUAGCUGGCUUCGUCAACCCCCGACCGAGUAACUUAACUUCCAUCCAUCCGGGUGCCCAGCACAGACAUCUCACCACAGGACCUAGGCACUACAGCGCUUUACACGACCACGCUAUCUCCAACACAAACCCCAUCACCCAUCCACACAGCCUGGAACAGCCCCUACCGGGCUCCACUCGACCUCCGCCACCCUACAGCCAAUCAAAGUCUGCCCUUGUGGUGUCUCACCCCAGUCUGCAGCAUCAGAAACCUUCUGACGCACAGCCUCAGACCAACGUUAAUCCCCUCUGUCGCAGCUACAGGGAGCCCGACUUCAAAGUAAAUGGAUCCUUACAGAAGUCACUGGAGGUAUUGAACCACUUGAAUGGAUUGAAAGAGUGGGACAACGAGGAUGUUUGUCUUGUCAGAGCCCCGCAGGAAGUGAAGGAAAGCUCCCUGACGAACGGACACGCUCAUCCUCUAAACGGUGCCUUAAAGCCUGUGGACCUCUCCCCUAUUCCCGAUGAUCAGUCCUCUGUCAACCUGCCCCAACGCAGGUUCAAAACCCCAGAGAAGAAUCCUCCAGUCUCCCCCGUUCACCCCCUGACAAAACCGGACCCCUACCUUUUCCCCCACAGCCCUCCGACGCAUUCCAACCAGUCCUCUGUCUCUCUCCGCAAAAGCAGUUCGUUGGACACCAACGAACCCAAACCCAAACCUCCACCACCUUCCUACCAGGAAGCCAUAGCAGCCACACAGUCGCAGUCUCUCCCGCCUCGUCCUAAGCAGCCCUGCCAGGUAAAUUCCUUUCCUGAAAAGACUCGUCCUCCCACCGCCUCCCACACCCUUCCUCAUUCUCCUGUUCGACUGAAUGGAAGCCACCACAAUGCCUUUCCAUCUGAAUCCGCCUUGCCAAAAACAUCCAAGGUCUCAACCAACACUGGUCCAUCUAAUCCUGAAAAGAGCCCAUCGAAGCCCUCGGCACAGCCGCUGGCCCAGACAGGUGGCAUAAUCUCUGAAUACUACUCUCAUUCGCGUUAUCACCAAAUCUCCACCUGGAGGAUUGGUUUCUCAGAGUAUGUCAAUGAGCUGCACAGCAGACGACAAACGGCAGGAAGCGCCACCUUUCCGGGAAAAGAGUGGCUGAGGAAGUCCGCAGCUCUGCGGUCCACGGACAACCAAGGAACGUCAACACCAGUCAGUGUUAAGUCUUGUAUUCUUCAUGUGGACAUGGACUGUUUCUUUGUAUCUGUGGGGAUCAGCCAUCGACCAGAACUCAAAGGGAAACCUGUAGCUGUUACCAGUAACCGUGGGGCCGGUCGAGUGGCCGCCAGACCUUUGGCCGAUCCUCAGCUGGAGCAGCAGUAUUACCAGAGAAAAUACGCCCCGCCUCAGCAGGAGAGUAUGGAUAGUGACCUAGAGGGCACACCCACACAAGACACUCCUGCACCCCACUCCAAUGGAGUCGAACCGGACACCGCUGCACUCUCCAUGGCAGAGAUUGCCUCUUGCAGCUACGAGGCCAGGCAGGCAGGUGUGAGGAACGGAAUGUUCUUUGGCAAAGCGAAACAGUUGUGUCCCACGUUGCAUGCUGUCCCGUAUGAUUUUGAGGCCUACAAAGAUGUGGCUCUCACAAUGUAUGAGAUCCUGGCUAGCUAUACCCAUGACAUUGAGGCUCUGAGCUGUGAUGAAGUGCUGAUAGAUGGCUCUGCCCUGCUAUCAGAACUGGGCAUCAGCCCGGAUGAGCUGGCUAAAUCCAUCAGAGCAGAUAUCAAGGAGAAAACGGGUUGCUCUGCCUCUGUGGGAAUGGGAUCCAACAUCCUGUUGGCUCGACUAGCGACCCGAAAGGCCAAGCCUGAUGGGCAGUACUUUCUGAGAUCGGAGGAGGUGGAUGAUUUUAUCCGAGACUUGCCAGUGACCAGCCUGCCAGGCGUAGGGCCCGUUAUGGGCAGAAAGUUGGCUGCUAUGGGUGUGAGGACCUGUGGAGACCUCCAGCAGCUGUCUCUGUCUCAGCUGCAAAAAGGCUUCGGACCCCGAACUGGUCAGACACUCUUCCGUUUCUGCAGGGGCCUGGAUGACCGGCCUGUCCGCUAUGAGAAAGAGAGGAAAUCUGUCUCAGCUGAGAUGAACUACAACAUCCGCUUCACGAAGGGUGAUGAAGCAGAGUGUUUCCUGACCAACCUGUCCAUGGAGGUACAGAAGCGUCUCCAGGAGGCAGGGCUGAGGGGUCGCAGAGUGACCCUAAAGGUCAUGGUUCGCAAGACAGGAGCGCCACUCGAGCCAGCUAAAUAUGGUGGCCAUGGGAUUUGUGACAACCUUGCUAGGACUGUGAUGCUGGCCCACGCCACCGACAAUGGUCAGCUGAUUGCAUCUGCUGUCAUCAAGCUCUUCCACACCAUGAAGCUCCAGGUUGAGGAGAUGAGAGGAGUGGGCAUCCAGGUUCAGCUUCUAGAAAAAGCUCACUCUAUCCCACAGGACCCCACCGGCCCCCGAACACGAUCCAUCAAAGACAUGUUACUUGGCCAGGGGUCUGCAUCCACCAGUACAGUGUCCAACUGUGUCGCAUCUGCCAACACCACCGCAAACAAGGAAAAGGUUUCGUCAACCACAGCAGCUCCAUCGUCGGGCUCCUCCCCCCAUCCUCCCUCCCCUGCAGAACCGGUCCCAGGGACCAGCCGAGAACAAACCCCGAAACACACUCGAACACUACUCAACUGCAGCAUCGAAGUCCCCUCCCCGUCACAGGUGGACCGUUCGGUAUUGGAGGCUUUGCCUACAGAGCUUAGAGAACAGGUGGAGCAGUCAUGGACUCAUCGAGAUGGGACGGCCAAUAACGCUGUACCCCGUUCUCCCAGUCCCAACCUCUCUGCUUCACCUCCUCAACCCUGCUCCCCUCCACCUCCUCCCUCUUCCUCCGUCCCACCGUUAUCCACCCGGCCCAUUGGGACCCUGGUUCUACAGAUCCCCAACCAGCCGGGUCAGACUGGCUCCACAAACAUCAUACUGGAGCUACCUGAAUUCUCACAGGUUGACCCGGAGGUGUUCGCGGCGCUUCCCAAAGAGCUCCAGGAAGAACUGCGCUCUGCCUACAGCCGCAGACAAGAGGCUCAACAGGGGAAGAUGUUGGAGCAAAGGAAUCCACUGUUGCAGCUGAAAAAGUCCGGUGUCGGAAUUGGCAUCAGUCGGGUCAAACGCCGCUACAAGAGGAAGAAUACAGUGAGCCCCACUAAGAAGGGAACCUCCCCUCUAAAGAGGCUGCACACAGGAAGCAGUCCAGCCAAAGCCCUACCUCCAGCUAUAAAAAACAGGGAAAUGGUCACUGGACUGAGGACUGAACAUAGUCCUUCCACAUCAUCAGUAAAAGAGGAAAUCCCAGUGACUCUGUCUAAAUUCAUCCCCCGCCCUGCUCCUGCCUUAGCUGGAGCCUGUGACCUGACAGACAUCAGGACUCUCCUUCGGGAAUGGGUCACCACCAUAUCAGAGCCCAUGGAGGAGGACAUUCUACAGGUGGUGAAAUACUGCACUGAUCUCAUUGAAGAUAAAGACUUGGAGAAGCUGGACCUGGUCAUUAAGUAUAUGAAACGGCUCAUGCAGCAGUCAGUGGAGUCUGUCUGGAGCAUGGCUUUUGACUUCAUCCUGGACAACGUGCAGGUGGUUGUGCAGCAAUCUUACGGUAGCACCCUCAAGAUCGCAUAAACGAGAAGGAAUGUGAUGCUCACCACUUCUUCUUCUACCAUGGUUAACAGUUAUGCCAUCCAAAUUCCUUUUUCGGCUUAUUAAUGGAAGCCUUUCGGGGUAAAUGGAGAUCAAAACUGCAUCUCUUUCUCAACUGUGACAUCAUGAAGUGUCUGUCUGAGGGCUCACGGCUACUUCCUUAGACUGAUGCGCAAGUAAGAAAACUGCCAGUUACUCUGAAGGACUAACCCGCAGUAUCAGAUGGGGAUAUGACAAAGGAAGAUCAGAGGAUCAUCGUUUCUCGAGCACUGCAAACUGGGAAGGGCUGGAACCUUCCACCGUAUAUAUCCCCAGCUCAUUAAAAUAAACACACAUGCAACAAUCUUAUCAGUUAGAACAAUCAGAAUUAACAACAUUGCUUGCAAAGCUGCAGAAUUUUGCAGUGCUGAGCCGAUUCAAGUUGGUGCUGCCUGAGUCUUGACAGUAAAAGGGGAUGGGGAAGGGUCUUUUGACAAAAUGUUUGGUUUCCUUUAUGCAAGCAAGGGUUUUGCAUUUUUAAAAAAAAAGAUUGAUCAAAAAUAUUUAAUUUGCAUUUAAAUGCAGAACGACUUUAUAAGACUUUUAAGUUCCUCUACCCUGUACUCAACUCAUACAACCGAGGGAGACAUCUAGGAUUUUUCAUUUUGGUUUUAUUCCAGCAUUGUUUUCUCCCUCCAUCCUGUUACAUUGCCCUGUGAGAUAUAAACCACUGCCAUGUCACCAAAAAGCAGACAAAACACAACCUUCUGCAAAAUUAGUUUUUCCCUGUCUCUUCUCCAAAAAAAGUGCCAAACUUUGUUCCUAUAGCAUGUAAAUAAUGUUUUUAAAGAUUCUUCUCAAAACUUUCAAGAGUGUACAUUGAGGGUUUUCCUCUUGUAUUGUUUACACGUAGUGUAUUCUUAGUAAAUGUCUUUCAAUUCUAGAUCUUUUCACUCUUUAGAUGUUUAUAAGUGUUGCAAACAUGGAAAAUAGAAGUGGGCCAAAGCACUUAACCAGGAAGUUUGUUGUUUAUUUCUCUUUUAGCAUUCACCUUUUCAGAGGAAGUGGAGAGGGGUAAUGGCAAUCAACGAGUAGCCUAUGCAUUUCAUGACCUUUUCAAACAAGUGAGAUGCCCCCCUCCUCAUAUGGCAUGCAACAUUUAAUACAAACUUUGUGUCUUCAAUGAAUAUCAGUAUUCAAGUUUCCUUCUUUGUAAUCUGCUUCACCGAACCCAAGAUAGGUUUAAAGCUGACUUUACACAGUAACAGAAAAAAAAUUACUCUAAAUCCAGUGGCUGGUUUCCUGUUCUGUGUAGAAGAAAAAGUGUUGCAGACAGCAUAUGGUUUACGGCCACAUCAGGCAUUUUUAUACCACUGAGUGCCAAGAGUAUGAAAGUUUUCUUUCCAGCCAAUUACAACACCAGAUGAUUUUACUGAUUAGUCACUUUUCAGUGAAAUCACGUGGUGUAGUGAUUGGCUGCAUACUUUUGGCUCUCCGUGAUAUAGAAUUACUCAUGUCUGGGCUAAAUCUUUGUGUUUUUAGGAUAAAUGAAGAGUAACAAGGGUAGGAUGCCAAAUACUCACUGCAGCGGCAACAGCCUGGUUUUCAUGUGACCUCAUCAUUCAUGCAAGACAUGUGCCACCACAGAUAAGGAAUCUGGGUGAUAAGGUUCAAAGUUAUAUGAACAUAUAGGAGGGAAAAACAGAUUAUUCAAUAUAUUACAUCUUUUGAAAACUGGUGAAAUGAAUGUAAUCCAUACACAAAAGACCAUUCAAGAGUUUGUUUUUCCUUAUGUCUUUUGUUUUUCCAAAAGGGAAUGGCCAGGAGUUACAAUUGCUCAGUCUGUCUUCUCACAACUGGCCUGUGCCUGAAGACCUCAAGCUGUGACAUCAUUUGUAUGUUUUCUAAAACUUGAUAAUAAACUUGAGACUUUGCUUUAA